CAUGUCCAUAAAGGGUUCACUGUUAACCCAUGAAAACAAUAACGACAUUAUUACAAAAACUAAGAAACGCUCAUCUAUUUUGCAUUCGAAACAUUUCAAUACAAGUAUUUCAUCGACGGCUACAUACGAGUCGAUGGGUAAACCAGUGCCAUCCAGUUUAAAUUCGAGCAUUUCGAAUUCCGGUCUAACCAGCGGCAGCGGCCACAGUCAAGGCGGUAAUCAUCAGCAGCACCAUCUACCGACGCAUCCAAAUUUCCAGGCAAAUCAUCUGCCGGGAAAAUACAUGAACUCCAAAAGAAAGCAUGCCAAAUACAACAACAUGUACUCCAACAUGUACCCCGAUCACAAUAACUAUUUGCACUUGAACUCGUUGUGGUCCAUUUGGUAUGGUGUCCUACUGACGUUGUUCCAGGGCUAUUUGGCCGUGCAUGGUGCUUAUCGAUUUCUGGGCUGUUCUCUGAUUUCAUGGAAAAUUGAGCCAGUUGCUGAACUGAAUUUGCAAAUAAUUCUAUCCGGUGUAGUUUUCAUUUUGUUGCCAUUCUUUUUUACAUCAGCAGUAUUCAAGGUCGGCAAUAUGGCCAAUGACGGAAUUAAAUUGGCGACCAGCAUUAAGGAACAACGCUGUUCCAUGGCACCCCAUGAUGGUCUUGAGGAGGAAUCACGAGGAGGCACAUUGCGAGCCCUAUGGACACACGGAGGACCAACUGCGGCCUUCGUACACAUUGUAAUUGCCAUGUGUCUGCUGUUACCGCGCUUGUUGCUCGAAGCUCGGAUAAUUGAAAAUGGACUGUUGCCAAGAGAAACUAUCUGGCAAACUGAAUUGGAUUUCAUGAGUGUCAAUCGCCGACAUCUCGUUGUAAUGUCGGUAAUGGCUUCGCCUUAUCAAAAUGAUACCCGCACUUAUGAAUCGCAGGAAGAUGACGAAUACUUAAACGACACCAUCUUCAGCGAUGAAGGUGGUGGUGGUGGUGUAGGUGGGGCUCCUAUCACUGGUGGAACUGCCAAUAGUUUAUGGGGCAGCGACUUACGGCAACAGUACGGCAGCAAUAAGCGAAAGAAUGUCAUAUUGCCAGCGGUUGGCAAAAGCAGAUUCCUUGAAUUGCCAGAUUUAAUUGAAGCUGUUGAAAAUCAAAACACAAUGUAUGACAAAUUCCAAGGUAGAGCAGGGGAUAAGGCCAAGACACCAGUAACGACAAAAAGUACUGGCACAAGGAAAUCGUCGGAAAACCAAACAACAGAAAAUCACAUUCGGCAAAAUGAAGGUAAUAGACAGUUGAUGGGAAAUGACUGGAUAACAAUAGAGAAUGGAAUAAGAAAAACCACCACGACAACAACAACAACCACUACGACUACAGUAGCAACAACAAUUCCAGAUACAACCACACUAAGAACAACAAUAAUUCCAUCUAAGACAUCUAAACGGCCAACCUCUCCCACACCAACAUCAACACCUACAACAACAACCAUCAAAAAUAUAUUAACCACUUCGAAUAACAAUAUGGCAAUCGAUGCCACAACCUCUGCUAUACCCAUAUGGUCCGAGGAAACAUCUACCCUGGGCAAUGUUGGCCCAAUCCUCACCACUCUAACCCAACCCACGGCGGCAACUUCAACUGAAAUUCAACGAAUUUCUUUGGUGCCAAACAAACAUCAUCAGCACCAUCAUAGCUCCUACAACGGCAAGUCAUCGCGCCGACACAAUGGUCAUCAUCGCCAGAGAAAACUUUCAAAUACGUCUACAUCACAACGUAGGACACAUCAUCAUGGUGGCCGUCGUUCGGGUGAAAUUAACAAUGCCAAUAUGCCAGAUGGCCUGGAAGAAUUUCCCCUAAAGGUCAAUCGCUUUGACGAAUUCGAAUAUCCUUCGUCGGGCCGUAUCUAUGAACAUCGGCCCUCUUCUUUUGAGGAAUUGGAUAUUGGACGUGCCAGAGCUGCCAUAUAUCCCAAAUCGUCGACCACUAUCAGUACCACUACACGCGACAGUAACAUACAUAUCGUGAAACCAGAGAAAUUACCUGAAAUUGUACCGUCCACACCGGUCUCGAGCAACUCGAAAAUAAUUGAAAUAAAAAGUAAGUCGCUCAAGAGGCAGAAACGGGAACUUCCACCUGCCGAGGAAAGUCAAGUGGAAAUAGAACCCGAAUACUUGGUGGGCGAUUUAAAUCUUAACGACUCCAGUGAAUAUCUAGUCGAAAUGACGACAAUGGAUUCGUCUUCGCCAAGCACCGAUGUCGAACUUCAGUCAAAUUCUGGCAAUGUGAGGCUGGACGGAUUUGCCGGCAUGCUACAGCUAUUUUUUGGCAUAGAGAAACCCAUCGAUGUGAACACAUUCACUCAACCGCCAAGUGCGGAAUUUGUGAACCUCGUAUUCGCCCUGUUGGUGUGGUGUGUCCGUUACCCAGCUGUCUUCUGGAAUACAGCCAAAUCCUUUGCCACUGUGUUCAGUGUCCAGAUGAUAGCUACCGCAUGUGACAUCAUCUUUAGCUUCGUGGGAAUAUCGAAUCUCUUUAAACUGCAAAUUUACAGUGAAGCCCAACCCAUUCAAAAUCCUGGCUUGAUACUAAAUGCCACAGUUACGCUGGCACUGUUUCUACUCUCGACAGUUCUGAUGUUGUCCUCGUCGAUGAUCAUGUAUUUGUAUGGGCACGGACGUUUGGCUGCCAAAAUGCGAGACCGUUCUAUCAUCACCCUGAAAUCGGGACAAUCGUGGAUCUAUUUUGCCCAUUGUGCAUCGUUGUGCUACGUGUUGGCAUUGUCGGUGGUAAAGGCCCCACUACUCAAUGACUUGAGUGCGACAUAUCGACAUAAUUUGCAUUGUCCCACAUUUAUGGCGGCUUUGGUAAGCGUUAUGCACAUUUUACUUUGGAUUGUGAUCUGGCUUUGUCUGACCAUUAAGCGUAAAUGGAGUUUCAAAUUACCGCCAUUGGAUGCGUAUUCUAUCAUUGGAAAGGCCACCACACAGCCUCUGCUAAUGCAUAAUCGUGGCAGUUUGACGAAUACCACAACCGCCAGCUUGAACAAUUCCACUAAUUUGGGUGGCAACACAUCAUCGAUUGGUACUGGGGACAGCAGUGGCGGCGGUGGUAGUGGUGAACACAAAAUAAAUGGUUCGGAGCAUGGUGGUAGUCGCAUGACCAGUACACCCAGUGUCGAUGGCCUGAAUGACAGCAUGGCGGCCGAAGAUAUCUAUUGGCCCAAACUGCAGCCAAGUUCGCCAAAAUUAAAAGUUACAUUUAAUGAAGUUACGAGUACGUGUGACGAUGAUAAUCAUCAUCAUCGACUAAUUGGUGGUGACCACCAUCACCCACAAAACGAUGGCAAGCGCAAUACGGCCCGUGGAACCGCGUUAUGUUUUGCCAGUGCUGCGGGGGAAAUUGAUGACGGAGAAUAUGCGACACUAAGAUCUGCUCCGUCAGCAACCGUGAUGGGAGGUAAUACAGGGGGCAGCACCAUUGGAUGUGGCAACACCGCAAAGGCACCACCAACUGGCGGCGUCAGCGUUUUACGUCUGAGCGAAUACGAAGAAUUACCACCUCCGCCACAACAUUUGAUAUCAUCCAUGGUAGCGACCGUCGGCCACACCACAUCGUCCAUAAAUUCCCACAGAGAGUAUGUCAAUUGCCCGAACAGUGGCAGCAAUGGCAUGCUAGGCGACGAUAACAUCUCAGAGGAGGGUAAACUCUUGGCUUGUGUUCGGGAUGACAGUGUAACAUAUGCUUCGACAAGAGACCUAGAGCCACCACUACCUCCGCCACCACCGCUGGCGGAUAGGCCUCCCCAGGCCCUACCUGAUGCAUCGUCCCCCGAACAUCUAGUCAGUCCAUUGGCGCCGGUGACGGUCACCGUCCAUGCAAAUGAAGCCCACAUAACAUCAAGUUCCACACCUCGCUGUCUACGCCGUGCUGAUUCUGGUGUUCCCCAGGAGGCUUUAACACCACGCAGCGACACAACAUCGAUGGGCACGGAAAGUACCACAUCUCCGCCGGAUCGAGCACCUUCCGAAUCUUCGAGUGGUGUUCAUUCCGCCGAGGAACGGGAAGUAGAAGUAGUUAUAAGACCUCGUCCUGCCUGCAAACCGCCUGCCAAACCCCCACAACCUGCUAUACAAGAGGAACCGUAUGGCCGUUGCACAAAUAUGCGUAUGUCCAGCUUUGCCAGCGGAGGUGCGAAUGCCAAUAGUGCCACCUUGCCACCACAACGGUCACAGCCAGAGCAGAAAUUCGAUUACUCCCAGCAUUGCAGUACAAUGCCGUUGCCGUCAAAUGGCCACUUAAACCAUCCGCAAUCACAGCAAUCACAAUCGGCGGUGUAUGCCACGUCCGCCAACUGCAUGACCCAAUCACUUAAUGCAGGCUCCAAUAUGAGCUCAUUCAAAACGCCCCUUUAUGCCAAUUCCGGAGUGGCCAUGUCCGGCCAUAACAAUAUAUCCGCCGCAAAUCCAUACCAGGAUCAGUCGACGCCACCACCAACUCCACCACAACACCCAUCACAAGUCACACACACUACACUGCCCAACGGCGUACGUUACUCGAAUCCCAAUAUCCUGAGACGUCUGCCGUAUGUGAAAGGAGCCGAAUCACCGUAUGGACAUCUGGGACUAGGUUCAGGCCAUCACACGUUUUCCAAAAAUGGCUACGAAAAUACCCUACUUAAUUCCACCAUACCCGAAGAUCGAGAUUCGGCCAACUAUUCAAUGGCGUCUGAUCAGGAUUGUCUCUAUGCCACAGCCAAUCCAUUGCACUAA